UGCUUCCUCAUUUCUAACCCAAUGGAUCACAUACAAAGGUCAUUUCCAGCCAGCUUUUGGCAAAAACAUCUUAUUUUGAGUUCCCAUAUGCAUCGGGAAGGAGACAACAAUGAGAAACAUUUGUUUUUGCGGAAUUUGGUUUGUUGGAUUUUUGGGAUUGGUGGAUUUAACCUGAUCCCUUGGAUUGAAAAAAAUUAACGAACAAAACCAAAGAUCCACUUUGUAGGACUGGAGAUCCAUUGUCUUGGAAAUUAUCAACAUUAACAAACAUCUUUGUGUGCUGGAAUGAAAACGGAAAUGGCGAUGCCAAAAAGGGGAAUUAGUUUGUGUUCAUUUGGAAUAUUAUAUCUGAACAGUCUUAUUUUUACAACUACCAGUUACGCACUAAAAGACUGCAGGGUCACACGGGAGACGGAGGCCAACUGUCAGACGAACAGUUUAAAAGUAUUUCCAAAGGACAUUCCAGCAAGAUUCACAAGUAUAGACCUGUCUCAUAACAACAUUUCUAAACUAAAUAAUAGAGAUUUGAAAAAUUUACCAAAUCUGUUGCGCUUGGACCUGAAACGCAACUCUAUCUCCAAAAUUGAAUCUGGCACUUUUGUGUGUCAAAUCUCUCUAGAGGUGUUGAAUUUAAACAGGAAUUGGCUUUCUGUGCUAAAGGAGGGUAUGUUUGAUGGCUUAGUCCAUCUCACAGAAUUGCAUCUGACUGACAAUCAUAUUUAUGUAGUUGCACCGGCCUCUUUCAAGUCUCUGAGGAAGCUUACGCUUUUAAACCUAGGUCAUAACAAGCUGCGCAAACUCUGCCACUUAACAAAUAUCUUACAAAAUUCACCACAUUUACAAACCCUGAACAUUAAUUCAAACAAAAUUUCCAAAUUUCAUUCAUGGGAGCUGUCAAAUACGUCUACAGAACUUGUCUCACUUGAUUUGUCUCUAAAUCAUCUUAAGUUCUUUAGGGUCACUGCAGAUAUCUUUCCCAACCUCACAAGUUUAAAGCUUAAGGAUAAGGGUAAAAGGAAAAAUAUCGUCUGGGAGGUGAGUGACACAUCGUACCUUAGUGGUGUGUCUAAACUAGAUAUCAGUGGGAUUCACUCCUCAUUACAUGGAAUACUGGAAAUUCUGGAGACAUUUAACUCCUCACUGAUGUAUCUGAAGUUAAACCAUUUUAAUAAAAACCUGCGGGUUCUCGUCAAUUUUUCCUGCAAAAUGCAAUUGCUGACCUAUCUUAAUCUCCGAAAUAACUGCAUCAUAUGUAUUAGAUCAGACAUGCUGUCCUUGUGUACUAAUCUGAAUAAGCUGGACUUGGGGGAAAAUAAGAUAUCUGACAUCUCUGAAAAUUCAUUUCAAUCUCUUUGGCAGCUUAACAUUUUAAUUAUAAAGUCUAACCGUCUCACAUCAGUUCCCCAUGCCGUAAGGAAAACUCGAAUCUCAGAACUGGUUCUCAGCUUCAAUAACAUCAAUGUUCUUGGCUGUGAUGAUUUUGCCAAUAUGACCCGUCUCAGAAAUCUUCAGCUCAAUGAUAAUCGUGUCUUGGUUCUAAAGGACUGUGUUUUCAAAAAUUUGGUCAAUUUAAAGACCUUAACAUUGCAAAACAACAACAUUUAUAAAUUAAACAGUGCCUUCAAAGAAAACAUGCCAAAUCUCCAAGUGCUUGAUUUGUCUAACAAUCAACUCGCUGAUCUAGAUGUGGGGGAAUUUAAAGGGUUGCAUUCCCUCGAGAAACUGUCAUUACAAGGAAACAAAUUAAAAAAAAUUAAAAAGGGGACUUUUUCUGGACUGUCCAAACUUAAGUAUCUUACUCUUCAAUCAAAUAAAAUAACUGAAAUUUCAAAUGCUAUUUUAAAAGACUUUGAAGCUUUGAAGACAUUGAAUUUGAUGAGCAAUCACAUUACAUAUGUAUCUGAAAACCCUAUUGAUUAUCCACCAUUUGCUGAGCUUUCACAACUCGAUACAUUGCUUAUUUCAGCUCAAAAAGGAAAUCAUAAGAACAACCUUCCUCAAAACUUUCUUCAAGGCCUGACAAAUCUGUCAGUACUCAAUAUCAAGAAUGACAAGCUUACAUCCCUUCACCCACACAUCUUCAACUAUACUCCUAAUUUAAAUAAGCUUUAUUUGAGCUCAAAUGAUUUCACAGACCUUCCCGACAAUUUAUUUUCCCCGAUUCAAAAACUAAAAGGUCUUUAUAUUUCAGGAAUAAACCUGAGGUCUCUAGAUUUUCUGCUCCUUGCUAACCUCACAAAGCUGAAGUCCUUGCAGGUGAGGAAGAAUGCUUUUUCUGUGAUUAGAGAGCCAGUGAUGCUGUCUCUGUCAGCCCUUGAAUACCUGGAUUUGCAGGGUAAUAGCUUCACCUGUAACUGUGACAACGCGUGGUUCCUCCAAUGGGUUAAAACCAACAAGCAAACACAAGUGUUUGAUGCAUACAACUUUGAAUGCAACUACCCUCCAAACCUCAAAGGGAAAAAACUUUUGGAGAUUGACAUCCGUUCUUGUACAGUCGACAUUGGCUUCAUCUGUUAUAUUUCAACGGCAUGCGCGGUCAUCAUGACCAUAGCAGUCUCCUUCACCCACCAUUUCCUACAAUGGCAUCUGGUCUACGCGUACUACCUCAUGCUGGCGUUCCUCUACAACUCAAAGCACAAGAACAAGCGUGCUCAUCAAUACGACGCCUUCGUCUCCUACAACGCAAACGACGAGGGCUGGGUGCUGGGGGAGCUGCUGCCCAAGCUGGAGGACGAGCAGGGCUGGACACUGUGUCUGCACCACCGAGACUUCCAGCCAGGCAAACCAAUCAUGGAAAACAUUACAGACGCCAUCUAUGGCAGCCGGAAAACCAUCUGUGUGGUCAGUCGCGAUUACCUUCAGAGUGAAUGGUGCUCCAGAGAGAUCCAGGUGGCAAGCUUCCGUCUGUUUGACGAGCAGAACGACGUGCUGAUCCUGGUGUUCCUGGAGGACAUUCCCAUGCAGCAGCUGUCUCCGUACUACCGCAUGAGGAGGCUCCUGAAGAGACAAACCUACCUGAGCUGGUCCCGCGCAGACGCACACCCAGACCUGUUCUGGGAGAAGCUCCGGCAGGCCCUGGACACCCAGGAGCACCCAAUGGGAGAGCAUCUACGGCUCACCGUGGAGGACGGACCCCCUGGAGAGAGACCAGACAAGUCAAAGGUUUAGAAAUGCUGUGAGGGGGUUUACCUUGAGACACCCGGGGUCUGUCUCUAUGGAGGGAAAGUGAAACAGUUCCCCUUGCUGGCUUUGUUAGUUUAAACUCAUUAUUGGCUGUAUCUUCUUAUUCUGGUUAUUUGUACAUCUGG